UUCCAAGUUCAUCGUAGUUUGUUUUGUGUGUUUCAAAAGUGCAAGUGGAUGCGUUUGGUGGUGCACUCGGAAUUCGGGAUUUCCGGUGCUUCCAGGAUGAAUGUAGUGCAAUCGAACAUCUCCACGACGAUCCGGAGCUUCAACAUAUCGGACGACAUACGAAUCGAGGUGAAAAAGUUCCGCACCGAUGCAGGAAUCGACGAAAUUGAUAUCGAGGAGGACGAGGAUGAUAUCUCCGUCAUCCAGAAAAUACAGAAAACCUUCGCCGAUCCCAGUGAAACCGAAUUCGACCCGGAAACGCUAAAGUCGAUCAUAGCCCGGCUGGACGAUAUCGAGAAGAAACUUGAGAACAUCAUCUACAUUAAUGCACAGGCGGACAGCAUAAGUGCGGUGCAGAUGAACGGUUUACUGAGUCGGCAAUUCAUUGCUGCAACUCCGACUGCUCUGGCCAUGGCACAGGUGGCUCAAUCUCCUCCUGCAGAACCGAUGCAGGUGCAAGAUGAGGUCGUUGAUGAAAUUCAUCUCGAAAUGGACUCCGACGACAAUGAUCUCAUCGCAGAGUUCAUCGAGCAGGACGAGCUGAAGCUGGUUGAAUUCCCCAUCAAUCGGGUAGAUGAUCUGCGAGAGCUGGAAGAAUCGAUUACGAGUGAUCAGGAGUCUUUUGUUUCGUUUGUCAAUUUCCUGGGAGCAACCAUACAGAAGCACAGCCGUAAUCUUGAACCAAUUUUGAGAGAUUUUGUCACGGAAAGCCUCAUCAAUGAGCUUGGUUUUAACGAAGCUGAAAUAAACAUGAUGUCGUUCUAUAUCUUCAACCAGUUGCUCUACGAUAUUUGGAAGACCGAAUAUUCGACUAUGAAUGACUACCGGAAUCAGCUAAGAAAAAUCGCCUGCAAGAUACAGAAUCGAAAUCGUGCUACAAGAGGUAGACAGAGAUAAACCAAAAA